AUGAAGCUCCCGAUCAAGUCAAGACAUCUACUUGUCUCGAACUUCCUCCCCCAUAAAUCAUUUCUAUCUUUUUCAUAUCCCCGCUUUCAAGAUUUAAUUAUUCCUGUACGGCACUCCCACUCCACUCAUUCAACAUCUUCCAUUGUGUCUGGGGAGCCGGACACGGCUUUAUUAGCAUUAAACGAUGUUCAAAAACAAAAAGAACUCUCUCAACCUCCCCAACAAAAAGUGAUUGUCCUAUGGGACCUGGACAACAAACCGCCGUUCGAUUCAAUCAACCCGUACGAAGCAGCGCAAAAUCUCCGUGCAUUUGCCUCCCGCUUCGGCAACGUCAUUAAUAUCGCCGCCUUCGCCAACCGAAGUGGAAUGUCGUUUGUCCCUUCUUCGGUUAUAGAAUCACGCAAAGAACUCAAAGAGUAUUACGCGCUGGAGGAUAAAUUGCACAGAAAGUAUAAGGUCAAACCUGAUGAGCCUUAUGUAUGUGGUAUUUGUGGCAAUAAAAAGAAAACCCAAGUGGAAGUAGUGAAACAUUUCAAGAUUCAUGAAAAGGAAAGAGGAAAGAAACUAAAUGCAGCAGCGCAACUGAAGGGUAAGAAAAAGGCUCGAUUUAAGGCGAGAGAAUUAUCUAAGGAGAAGAACGCUAAGUAUCAUGAGGCGGCUGUGGGAAUUAUCAGGCCUGCUGAUCGCUUCGGCGAGCAGGAGUUCGUGGUGAAUCUCGUUAAAUCGAGUUCGCAGGCUGCGGAUGAAGCAAUUAUCGCAUAUUCAAAUGAGAUGGGGCAGAGAAGGGCAACUGUGUACGAUUGGUUAAUACUGAUAUCGGAUGAUACUGAUUUUGGGGAUUUGGUGAAACGCCUUUCUCGGAAGGGGGUAGGAACGAUUGUGGUGGGGGACCGGAUGCGAAAGGCUGGGGGUCAAUCGAGCAAGAAAUUGGCGAUGGCGGCGUGUGCGUGGGUGCCUUGGAGUUUGGUUGAGACAGGGUGUAUAGACAAGGAUGCCAUUAAGGAAGUAUUUGCAAAUACAUUACCUACAGAGAAGAAAGAGGAGAAAAUAAGGCAGAUAAAGGAGAUUUUUGGUGUUAGUGAGCAGGAUGGAAUUCUGGAAUCAUGUUCAAGACACUCUUUCAAUGAGAGUGACAAUCAAGAUAUAUCGGACCAAAACAUCUCGAAUCAGCACGUAUCAACCCUUUCCAGGACGUCCAUCCCAAACCCAGACUCGGAUCCAGACCCAUAUCGCCCUUUAUCAUCAGGUUUGCCGCUAGACAUCUCUUUCGCCGAAUAA